ACCCUUGUAGUAUAAUUAAGUUGGUAUUACAAUCCAUCGCAAAAAAUAAAUAAAUGAUAAGACAAUCAGAGUAGCUAGUUGCAUUUUGGCAUGUUGGCAAUGAAUCGCACCUUAUUUCAGAAAAGAAAAAAAAAGGCAGCUUGGCUUGACUUGACUUGCAAUUGAAAAACACAGCAUGCAUCCCGACUCACUCACUCCAGGAUUAGAAAAAGAUUCACCUGUCUGGCAGGCACAUCGUCGGCCAUUUCCCACCCUUCUUCCUCCGCGUUGCGUGCUUCCAUCCCCAUGCCAUGAUCCCACCACCGUAGUGCCCCACACGUCGUCCGUUGACGCAAUGCCGCUCCCCCCUCCUCCUCCUCCUCCUUCUUCCUCCCCGCCGCAUGCUCCACCGGCCCAGGAUUGAUCUGUCGACGCACAUAUCCGUGCAUACACCCCGAGCUCCGUCCUGUCCUACGACCUACGUGCGCGCGUGCCUGAUCGACCGCGCGAUCGCUGCCCAGCCCAGGUUGGCUGGCGGGAGGGAGGGGCAACCGAUCGCCGACGACCGUCGAUAUAUCGGCCGAGCUCCAAUGACGACCGCGCGGCAGUGGUGGAGGCGCGCGGCCGCGGCGGCCAAGGACAAGAAGAGCCUGUGCCUGACGCGCGCGGCGGGGGCGCUGCGGUCGCCGGCCCGGAUCAGGGGCGGCGCGGCGGAGCUGGACGCGGCCGUGAUCCGCGCCACCAGCCACGACGACCGGUUCGUCGAUCGCGGGGCCGCGGCGCGGGUGCUGGACCUCGCGCGCGCGUCCUCGCCGUCGCCGCUCGUGUGGGCGCUGGCGCGCCGCGCGGGGCGGACGCGCUGCUGGGCCGUGGCGCUCAAGGCGCUCAUGCUCGCGCACCGCCUGCUCCUCCUCGCGCAGCCCCGCGCCGGCGGCCGCGUGCCCUUCGACCUCGCCGACUUCCGGGACCGCUCCUCCGCCGGCUUCUCCGUCCUCGUGCGCGCCUACUUCCGCUUCCUCGACGCCCGCUCCCUCUUCGCCGCCGAGGAGAACGACGACGCCGGCGCAAACGGUGAUGAGGACGAGGACGACGAGGAGACGCGCCUGCUGGACCGCCUGUCCAGGCGGCAGCACCUGCUCGACCUGCUCAUGCAGAUCCGGCCCUACGGGGACGGCAUGGAGCGGCAGAGCCUCGUCCUCGACGCCAUGGAAUGCGCCGUCGUCGAGAUCUUCGACGUGUACGGCCAGGUGCGCGCCGGCAUCGCCGAGUACCUCGUCGCCGUCCUCGGGGGCUCGGCGGCGACCACGCCCACACCGAGGCCUCGGCCGGGAGAGACCGUGGCGACGGCGAGGCGGCGCAGGGCCAUGCAGGGGGUGCGGGUGCUGCGGAAGGAAUCGGAGCAGAGCGCACUGGUGUCGUCCUACUUCGAGCUCUGCCGCACCCUCGGCGUGCUGAGCGCCGCCGAGUUCCCGGCCGUGGAGCGCGUCCCGGACCACGACAUCAGGGACCUCGAGAUGCUCAUCAUGGCCCACGUCGACGACGGCGGCUGCAAGGUGGAGCAGGACAACGAAGCGAAGGCGCUUGUGGUCCCCGUGGACAACGCCGGCGUGGCGUCGACGACGGUGGCCACGAAAGAGUGGAUGGUGUUCGACGACGAUGCGGGUACCGGAGUUAGGCAAGGGCAUUUCGGUGAUUACGUCAACCCGUUCCUAACCAACUUGACGGAGUUUGACGAGACGUGACGGCGAGCGUCAACUUGUGAAAGAAUGAGUUUUUGUAAAUACUAUUAUUUUUUGAGAGGACGGAUUAUUCACAUUUAAAUUGAUGGUUAGAAGCAAAUUGAAAGCUAAUUAAACUGUAGUGAUUAAGACUACGAGGGCAAAAAUGUUACUCCGGAAGCAAAAUUUUGUUAAUACAUAUGUGUUGGCUGCAUUGUUAGAUUGAGAAGAAUAUAAAGAUGCAAGCAUUCUCUAACUAAUCAUU